CAAUAACCUACGUCAUUUCCGCUGUCUUGUAACCGCGAAUUUUUGAAAAUAACUGUUUUUACGUCCAAAGAAUACGUCCAAUAAACUGUCUUCUGGUUGUCUUUAGAUGAAAUAAGUUACUAACAUCAGAGCAUCAUGAUGUCCAUUACUGACCCAAACAUGAGUGACAGGUUCACCAGUGAAAUGGAGGAGAUCCACAGUAAACACCUGAAAACCUAUGCAGACAUCAUCGACAUGACCACAGAGUUGUCCCUCUCACAUAAACAGCUCGUGAAGUCAGCAGUUGAAACAUGCUUGAAAAAGUGCACAGAUGAUGAGAAGCUAUUUGAGACAAUAAAGACUUUCAAGAAAGAUCUGCAACAAAAAACUGUGGCCCUUAAAGAAAAACAACAUGCUAUAUCUGAGAUGAUGUCUGAAAUCCAAGAGAAAGACACGGAGAAGGAGAAAAUUAUCCAGAAAAUAGAGAAUCUCAAAGAAGAACAAAUCAAGAGAAAACAAAUUAUUGAGUCUCAAUAUAAAGCAAACAAAACCCGCCUGAGGAACCUCCAGAAAGCCAGACUGGUGUUUCAGGAUCAUUUGGGGCUCGAGAUACGAACAAUUCUCAGCAAAACACAGUCUGCCAAAGGUGAAAAGUUGCAAUUUGUUUAUCGAAACAUCAACCCAUCUGAUCCAGAGAGCGCUUAUGUCAUCACAAUGGGGAUAAAAGAAAAUGGAUCAUACCAGAUCGUGUCCAGUGAUCCAGUUCUCGAGGGUUUGCCAGUCCUGGAGACUCGACUUCAGGAGACCAACAAUUUACCCGCAUUCCUGGCAAACGUCAGGAAGGAAUUCAUUGGUCAAGUACGCCGCUGAAACGGAAUUGUUCACGACAAAACACGGCGUAAAGUUUUCACAGUCAGAGGAAAUGAAGCCAGUGGAGAUUUUAUUACAUCUUUUAUUCCUGUUAAACACAUUUUUGGCAGUUUUGCAAAGUCUAAGUUUUAAAAAUAAAAGGAAAAUUACACAAUUUUUUAAAUAUUUUGUCUCAUCAUUGUGAUUUUAUCAAAUUUCAUGAUAUUCAUUACUGUAUUAUUCAACCCUUUGAAGUGCUUCAACCUGAUUUUGUAAAUUUUAUAAUAGCUUUUUUGCAUUUUCCUUUUCUCUGUAUUAAUCCAUUGCUUGUAAAUACUUUGCAUUUAUUUCUUUUUUUUAAAUAAUAUUACAUAGUAAUAGUAUUUAACAGUUGGUCAUGUUGAUGUAAUAAAGUAAAAGUUCAUGAAA